AUGCUCAGACAAAUCGCUCUCUUCGCCCUCGCGGCGCUCCCAGGCUCGUUGGCUCAGGUGACGGAGGGCUUCGAAAAUGGAUGGGACCAAACUGCAUGGCCCACAUACGCUCUCGACUGCAGCCAGGGUGGUACAGUCGCGCUCGACACCUCGACCGCGCACAGCGGGAAGGCAUCUAUCAAAGUCACCGGUGCGGGUGGUUACUGCGGACAUAUCUUCGUUGGUACGACCAAGGUCCCCAGCAGCGGCGAUAUCUACGUCAGGACCUGGCUUAAGGCCUCAAAAGCCCUGACUGACUCCCACGUCUCCUUCAUCACCAUGCCCGACUCCGCACAAGGCGCCAAGAAGCACCUCCGCAUCGGCGGCCAGUCCAAGAUCCUCAUGUACAACCGCGAGUCUGACGAUGCGACUCUUCCCGACUUGUCGCCUAACGGCAUUGCAGCCUCUAAGGCUCUUCCUACUGGCAGUUGGCAAUGCUUUGAAUACAAACUGGGCGCGGAUGGGUCCAUUGACACGUGGCUGAACGGCGAGGCCAUCGCUGGUCUGACCACGAACAGCAGCAACACCAAUGCGGCGCAAUGGACGAGGAGCUCGCUCAAACCUAAAAUUACCGGCGUUUACUUCGGAUGGGAAUCGUACGGUGGGGAUACCAACACGUUCAAUUACGACGAUAUCGCUAUUGCAUCGACUCGCGUUGGCUGCACGUAG